CCACCCCCCCCCCUCGGUCUCCGCGGUGACGCUCUGCAGCGACGAUGGCUCCGCCGGGUAUGGCCGCGCUCUCCCUCCUGCUGUUCGCCCUCACCUGCCUGGGCAGCCUCGGACAGGGGCUGGCCGACAAGCGCCUCAAGAUGCAGUAUGUGACCGGCCCGGUGCUGCGCUUCCAGAUCUGUAUCUCCUGAGGGUACAGGAAGGUGUUUGAGGAGUAUACGCGGGUUAUUAGCCAGCGGUAUCCCGACAUCCGUAUCGAAGGAGAAAAUUACCUUCCACAACCUAUCUACAGACACGUAGCAUCCUUUCUAUCAGUCUUCAAGCUGGUCUUAAUAGGACUAAUUAUAGUUGGUAAAGACCCCUUUCCUAGUUUGGGCAUGGAAACACCUAGCAUUUGGCACUGGAGUCAGCAGAACAAGAUCUAUGCAUGUAUGAUGGUGUUCUUCCUCAGCAACAUGAUUGAAAAUCAGUGUAUGUCUACAGGUGCAUUUGAGAUUACAUUAAAUGAUGUUCCAGUAUGGUCCAAACUAGAGUCUGGCCAUCUUCCAUCCAUGCAACAGCUUGUGCAAAUUCUGGACAAUGAAAUGAAGCUCAAUGUACACAUGGAUUCAAUCCCACUGCAUCGAUCUUAGCUAGAUCUUAAGGCAUUGAAUAGCCUUUUUUGUAUUUUAGAGGAUGUUUUCUAAGAAUGGUAAGCCUGAUGAUUAUGAAGGACUGCGCUUAAAGCAGCACUGACUGUUUGUGCAGACUGGAUGCUCCCCAUCAGUCAUACCGGUCCUUUGAAAACCUCCUCUGAAAGCUGGAAAGGACCUCAAUGCUCAGAUACACUGAUCAUGUUCACCUUGUAGUGUACUGCACAUAUAUCAAAUUGUAAUAUGAACAUAGUUUCUUUUUUUAUAUGUAAUUUAAUAUGACUUUAUGGUGACAUUUAAUGAAAUAAUACAGAUGGCAAAUAACAGUUCUGUUAUUUUGUGUUUUAAAUGAGUGGUAUACUAUAAAUUUUAUGUUUGAUAUUGUAAUUUAGAAUUUAAUUAUAAUUUAAAUGCAGGCACAUUUAACCUGUACCCUGGUGUAAACCUGUUCAAAUCCACACUAUGUAGGAGGUUAUGGUUGACCUUUUUGUACCUAGUAGGAGUGUUAUUAAUUUGAAAUCAUACACUGAAAUAUUUGCCAACAGGGAAAAAGCUUUUUUUUUUGUUAUGCCCUAUACUAGAGCUUCCAAUUAGCCUGAAUAUUAUUUUUCAUGUGAUUGAGAAAAUGGCCAUUUCAGUUCAUACAAUAUUGGUUAAAAAAGACUUGAUGCAUAAAGAGUCUUGUUUCAGGAGGUGAAACUAGCCUUGUAGCAAAAGAUAGUGCUGGUGGAAAGCCCAUUUAAAUAUGUCUGAUUUGCAUGGAAUAAUAUAACCACAAAAAUGAUCCCUGGACCUUGAAUUGGAGAACCAGCAUAUAAGAAUGAAAAAUUCAAGUUUUAACACAGUGCAGUGAAAAGAUGAAACUGGAAUUCAAAAGGUGAUGCAGAGGUCAAGUGUCUCAAACCUAUUUGGAAUACAUAUUGAGUCCAUGACAACUUUGGAUCAACUAUAAACUGGCCCAUUGAGCUCAUUUGUAAGGGGAACAAAAAGAAAUCACACGUGGCCAGCACUUUUGAAAUUUAGUUUGAAAUGAAAUGGAGUAAACAUUUUUGGCCAAAGUUCAAUUCGAUAAUGCCAUUGCAGCUCUUUGAAAUUUUAUUUUCUUGUCUGCCUUUGAUUAUUUGUUUUACCGGAAGAAAAAUUUUACUGAGUUUUAUUUUCUGAUGUCUCAUUUUGUUCUUUGUGAAUCUUGUCAUUUGCCUACUAUGUUUUGGUGAAAGGAUAAACAUCUACAACAUUCCCUAACAACCUUUUGUGGGGUGCACUGUGCUAAAAUUAGAGGUGAUGCACAUUGUCCCAAUUAAAUAGUUUAAAAUAUUUCUGGGCAACAUUCUGUCUGUAUCAAUUUGCAAUAUCAAAUAGAACAUAAAAUAUAUCAAUUCAGUGAAUUAUUGGUUACCACUCACUAAACUUUGAGGGAUAAAUGGAAAGAAAACAUGGGCAGCCCUCAAAAUCAUUCCCAUGAAUUCUCAACAGAUUUCUCUUCCUCACCAUGUGACCUUUUUUAAGUGGGUGGGAGUGAUGAGUGAGUUCCAGUGGUGAGGAACAAGAAUAAACACCAUAAAAUAAAUCAGCACAAAUCAUAAAGUUACUCCUCUUGCAGUAAAAUUUCAAUUUUAGAUGUAUCAGAUUUUCAAAAGAAUUAUUUUGUACUUGGUCACAGCACUGAAAGAUUUAAGAUGAGAUUGCCAGCAUGUGACUUUCACAGCUUUAGUUUUGUUGAUCUAUAAUAAUUUCUUCAAUAUGGAUUAUUUCAAACUGUAUGUAUCUGUGCAUUCUGUACUAUCUUAAACUCAUUAGAAAAUGCACUUUAUUUUUAAAGAGUAUUUGAUAUCUUUCCUUUAGUAAAAAAAUCCCUUUAGCCAUAGUUCCAUACAUAAAUGAGAAAAAAAGUGUCAUUAUUCCUCAUACUGCUUAAAGAUUUGAAUUACUUUAAAUCUUUGAAUUCACAUGAUGUAAGAAUAUCUUGUUGAGUGUAUUUUGAACAGUCAUGUGUUGUGUUGCUCUUUGAAUUUAAUUGCAAAUUUUUUCCUCCUUGCUUUAUCUGAAACAACAUUUGUGACUUGCCUAAACCAUCUUUCUUGUCUUGUUCUGCAUCCUCAUCUUUUGAGAACAAGUUACACAAUAUCAUCUUUCGUAAAUUUCUUCUCAAACCUUUCAAUAAAGUCUGCUUUUGAAACACAAGGGCAUUGAUUUCACCAAGAUGCUUGAUUUAUAGUGCUUUUUCUAAAACAAGUAAAUGGGGGGAAAAGUGACAUUUAUCUUUGUCUCUCUUUUUUGUUCUUUCUCCAUCAAAAAGCUGAUGCUUUUUACCCUGUACUGGCUAACCUGCUAUUAACACAAAUUCAGACUGAGAAACUGAUUAAUCCAUGAUUAUGCUAUUUACUGAUAGUCAAACACAGGGUAAAUUAGUGUGUUUUAUAUUUAGCUAUGCAGGUGGAGUGUUCAUUCUUAAUGUAUUUAAACAUUGCAUCCAAAAUCUGAGUUGCAUCUUGUGGUUCUGCUUUUGUCCGGACAAAGCAGUCGCUUUCUGAUUAAAGUAUUCUAGCUGUAACAAGCUUGGUAAUGCCACGUUGUAUUGGGUGUGUCAAUAAGGUGAGUUGAAACUGCAAUGAUUUUGGUGGUACUGAAUUUUAAACUUGGUCACCCUGUCUAAUCCUACCUCAAACAAGAAACUCCUUAUCUCUGUUGCCUUGGGUAUUCUGGAAAAAUUAUUUGGAGUAUGUUUCCAUUACUGACCUUGAAAUGUUGAUCUUCUGAAGUAAGAGCUGCAAAUUUUAAAGAACAAAUUCUAUUUGCAUUUAAUGAAUGAGAUAUUUCAUAAUAGCCAGGUGCUAUUCAAGAAUGGUUUUUAAAGGUGGAAAGAGUCAAGAGUUAUACAGACUGGAAACAGAUCCUUCAGUCCAUUACAUCCAUGCCGACCAGAUAACCUAAAUUAAUCUCGUCCCACCUGCCAGCAUUUGGCCCAUAUCCCUCUAAACCCUUCUUAUUCAUGUACCCACCAGUUGCAUUUAAAUGUUGUAAUUAUACCAGCCUCCACCAUUUUUUUGGCAGCUCAUUCCAAAAAGGCACCAUUGUUUGUGUGAAAAAGUUGCCUCAUCCUAAACCUAUGCUGUCUAGUUCUGGACUCUUCCCCCAUCUCCCCACACCCAACCCAAGGAAAUUACAUUCUCUAUUUACCCAAUCCAUGUGCCUCAUGAUUUUAUAAACCUCUAUAAGGUCACUUCUCAGCCUCUGGUGAUCCAGGGAAAACAGCACCAGCCUAUUCAGUCUCUCUGUAUAGCUCAAACCCUCCAACCCUGGCAACAUCCUUGUAUAUCUUUUCUGAACCCUUUCAAGUUUCACAACAUCCAAACUAUAUUGGAGACCAGAAUUGCACUCAAUAUUCCAAAAAUGGCCUAAUAUCCUUCCAGCCGCAACAAGUCCUAUACUCAAUGCUCUGACCUAUCUAUCUGAGACUAUACUUUCAAGGAACUAUGAGCCUGCUCUCCAAGGUCUUUUUGUUCAGCAACAGUCCCCAGGACUUUACCAUUGUGUAUAAGUCCUGUUCUGAUUUGCCUUUCCAAAAUACAGCACCUCACAUUUAUCUAAAUUAAAAUUCAUCUACCACUCCUCGGCUCAUUGGUCCAUGUGAUCAAGAUCCCAUUGUACUCUGAUGUAACCUUCUUUGCUGUCUUCCGCACCUCCAAUUUUGGUAUCAUCUGCCAGCUGACUAACUGUUCACAUCAAAAUCAUUUAUAUAAAUGAUGAAAAGCAGUGGACCCAGCACCAAUCCUUGUGAUACACUCCUGGUCAAGGCCUCCAAUUUGCAAAACAACCAUCCACCACCUCCCUUUGUCUUCUACCCACAUGGUUAGUUCUCCCUCUCUUCUCUGUGAUCUAACCUUGCUAACCAGUCUAUCAUGAGGAACUUUGUCAAACGUUUUGCUGAAGUCCAUACAGAUCAUAUUCACCACUCUGCCCUCAUCAAUCCUCCUCGCUGCUAUUUGCAAAACCUCAAUCAACUUAGUGAGCCAUGAUUUCCCACUACAAGGCCAUGUGACUAUCCCUAAUUAGUGCUUGCUUUUCGAAAUACAUGUGAAUCCUGUCCCUCAGGAUUUCCUCCAAUGACUUGCCCACCACCAACAUAAGGCUCACUGGUCUAUAGUUGCCUGACUUUUCCUUACCAUCUUUCUUAAGUAGUUGCACCACAUUAGCCAACCUCCAGUCUUCCGGCACCUCCCCUGUGACUAUCAAUAAUUCAAAUGUCUGAGCAAGGGGCCCAGCGAUCACUUCCCUAGCUUCCCAUUGAGUUCUAUGGUACACCUGAUCAGAUCCUGGGCAUUUAUUCACCUUUAUGCAUUUCAAGACAUCCAGCACCACCAUCUCUGUAGUAUGGACAUUUUUCAAGAUGUCAUCAUCUUUCUCCUCACAUUCUGUAUCUUCUAUGUCCUUCUCCACAGUAAACACUGAUGCAAAAUACUCAUUUAAUAUCUUCCCCCAUCUCCUACCGUUCCAUACAAAGGCUACCUUGCUGAUCUUUGAGGAGUCCUAUUCUCUCCCUAGUUACCUUUUUGCCCUUAAUGCAUUUAUAGAAUUCCUUUGGAUUCUCCUUCACCCUAUUUGCCAAAGCUAUCUCAUGUCCCUUUUUGCCCUCCUGAUUUCCCUAUUAAGUUUAUUCCGACCGCCUUUAUACUCUUCUAAGGAUUCACUUGAUCUCUGCUGUCUAUACCUGACAAAUGCUUCCUUUUUCUUGAUCAAAACCUCAAUUUCUCUAGUCACCCAGUAUCCCCUACACUUGCUAACUUUGCCUUUCACCCCAACAGAAACAUACUUUUCUGGAUACUCCUCGCAAUUUUGAAGGCUUCCCAUUUUCCAGCUGUCCCUUUAUCUGCGAACAUCCACACCCAAUCAAUGUUUGAAAGUUUUUGCCUAAUAACAAGAAAAUGUUGUUGUGGUUCUGUUCGCCGAGCUGAGAGUUUUUGUUGCAAACGUUUCGUCCCCUUUCUAGGUGACAUCCUCAGUGCUUGGGAGCCUCCUGUGAAGCGCUUCUGUGCUGAUUCCUCCGGCAUUUAUAGUGGUUUGAAUCUGCCGCUUCCAAGAAAAUGUAUUUCCCAGUAAUGCCUGCUUCCCUAUUAAAUCCUCAGUUUAAAUUUAUUCUUUGUUGUUAUAAACUGCAAUAGACUGCCUUAUCUCACUCGCAUCUUAAUCGUUUUGUGUCUAAAGGGUAAAUUUGCAGGUUGUCUUUUGUUUGCUCAGUGCUUUCUAGGUCCAUGUGAAUUUGUAGGAAGGGACUGUAUGCAUUCUUGAAAUGACUGAAAUAAAGCCACCUGUACUGA